GGAGUAUUAAUUAAAGGCUUGAGGAAGCCGAGCAAACAUUUCUGGAUCCAUUAACAUCUAUCAUCCACAAACGGUCGAACGCUCAGCACACAGCACAACAGCAGCGCCACUCAGCCAGCACGCCUCUUCAGCAUCGGCGCUUCUCAAUUUUCACUUCCAACCAUCUGUACUCCCGGUGUUUGAAGGCGGACUGGAAACUUGACUAAAGAUCCAUGUGAUGGUAGAUGCUCAUAGUACUGCUUUCUGGAUGCCACGUGGAACAAAGGUCUUGUAGAGUUGACCUCCCAGGCAUAAGCGAAAUCUCGAUGUGCAAUUCAUCGUCGUCGUCUACAUCUACGAAAUCAUGGCUGAUUCACGCCCUGGCCGCCGGAGCCGCUGUUGCUGUAGCUGUCGGCGCUCACAGAUACCUUUCCAGAUCCUACAAGUUUCGUAGUCGGGUUGUCGGAAUCAUACCAGCUCGUUUCGGCUCCACUCGGUUCCCGGGAAAACCACUCGUAAAUAUCCUCGGCAAGCCCAUGAUCCAGAGAACGUGGGAAAGGGCUAAAUUGGCCAGGACAUUGGAUCAUGUUGUUGUGGCAACGGAUGAUGAUAAAAUUGCUGAAUGUUGUAAGGGAUUUGGUGCUGAAGUUAUUAUGACAUCUGAAUCAUGUAGAAAUGGAACUGAGCGUUGCAAUGAAGCUCUUCAAAAGCUUCAAAAAAAGUAUGACAUUGUUGUUAAUAUUCAAGGAGAUGAACCACUUAUUGAACCUGAAAUUAUUGAUGGCGUCGUUGAAGCCCUUCAGGCUGCACCAGAUGCAGUUUUUAGCACAGCUGUGACAUCUUUGAAGCCAGAGGAUGCAUUUGAUUCAAACCGUGUGAAAUGUGUAGUUGAUGGUCGUGGUUAUGCAAUCUACUUUUCUAGGGGACUUAUCCCUUUCAACAAGUCCGGCAAGGUUAAUCCCCAAUUCCCUUAUUUGCUCCACCUUGGGAUUCAGAGCUAUGAUACAAAGUUCCUCAGAAUAUAUCCAGAACUGCAACCAACUCCUCUGCAACUAGAAGAAGACCUUGAACAAUUAAAGGUCCUUGAGAAUGGAUACAAAAUGAAGGUGAUUAGAGUUGAUCAUGAGGCACAUGGGGUUGAUGCCCCAGAAGACGUUGAUAAGAUAGUGCAGUUCAUGCAUAAACGAAACCUGUCCUAGUAGUGAUUUAAACUCUAACACCCAACAAAGAAAAGUGGUUGACGCAUAUUCAUGUGAACCAUUGAUCUCUUUUCUCUCUCUCGUUUUCUUUUACCACGUAUAUUUUAUCUUCUUUAUUUUCUAUGUUCUUAUGUUAUUUUUAUCUUUUAUCUUUCUCAUGUUUUUUUUUAUAUCAUUUUCUAUCUUUAUUUUUAUCUUAUCCAUUUCAUCUUAUCUUUUUUUUCUUAUCUUUCUUCUCUUUUUGGCUUGAAUGUUGUUGUACCAAACACUUUUUUUUCUUUUUGUUGUGGGUAGGGAGUUAAGCCCUUGCAACACUCUGCUAUGGAUUGAGUAUGUGGUCUACCUUCUGGCCUUUCUAGGUUUUGAUGAGGUUUAGUUAUCCAAUAUUGCAAUGCUUGUCAGUUGUUGUUUUUAGCUCAGAAGAAUCCAAUCCUACAGUUGGAGUAGAAGCUGGGGAACAUUCUACCAGUUUAUUAAUAGAAAGAAAUAUUACAUAGUAGGGGGAUUAUAGCUGAAACCUAUCGAUUAAAGGCAAUAAACCUGUAGUUAAUUCUUAAUAGUGUCAAAUUUAAGGAUACCCAUGACUGGUGAGUGGGGUUAUAUCUAAUAUAAUAGAGAUGUUUUUGUAGGCCACAUAUUCCACUGCUCUCUUAUACUUUUUCAUGUUGAUGCUGAUGUGCCAACUGUAUUGACGAAUUUGAGAUCUCAUUUGUUGGUUUUGUUCCAAUACUUUCAAUGAUGUGUGUGUGUGUCCUGGUGAGCUUGUU